AUGCCUUUUUCCUAUGAAAAUUAUAUGAAUUUACUAUUCCAUUUGGAUAGAACAAAUGAGGAAAUUCCCACAGAUAUUGCAAAGAGAAUAGUUCAAAAUUCAAUUGCUCCUUUAAUUUCCGUGACUGCUACUCCUGAAUUAGAUAAACAUGUUCAAGAUUCAUAUAAUAUAGAUUCCCUUUAUAUGCUACUGAGAUACUUCGGGGGGUGCAUUUCAGAUAGAGAUCAAUAUCAUGAACCUCAUCAUCAACACCCAAAUGAACUGGAUCAUAAAAAUGAAUUACAUGCUGCAUUAAUUAGUCCAGAUACCUCUAUUACUGAAACACCCGAUACUUCAAUGGAUAUGCUAAUAGAUAACUCCAUGAAUACACUGACAAAGGAAGAAACAAUAAUAUCAACAACAACAGGAACACCAACACCUACAAUACUUGCCAGUCCAACCACUGAAAACACCAUUACUAAACCACAUAAUAAGACAACGACAAUAAAAAAAAACACAAAAGAACAUUAUACAACUACUCAUAACUAUACACAUCAUCAUCGUCAAAAGACUAGAAAGAGAUCAAAUAGCUUAUUCCAAAGAGAUUCAACUCAAUCACAAUAUAUUAGAUUUACUAAGCCAAUUCCUGAUUUAGUUAAUACGAGAGAUCCAACUGAUUCUCUAUUCGAUCACCAAUCAUUAGAGACACUUUUAAAAGGUUAUCUUAAAAUUAUCGAGACUAAUACUACUCCAGACAUGCCUCAUAACGCUUUGAAAAAAUCUCUAUAUCAUAGAUUUUUUUCUAUGACUGUGACUUCAACAACAAAUUUGUGUCCCUUUGAGUCUUUUGAUCAUCCAAUUGUAUCAUUAUUAUCAAUUGAUUUAACUCUAAAUCAAAACUAUGAUACAGCAAAGGAAAUGCUAAUCAAAUUUAAAAACAUUCAUUCAAAGACACCAAAUUUCCCAGUAUAUUUAAACAUUAAUGAUAUCUUACCAGUAUUUUUAUUGUGCUAUGAUGCCUCAUCCCCUGAACAAUUAGAUAUUGCAAAGAAAAUUUCAACAAAAAUUAAAAAACAAUUAUUUUUUGAAAGUAUUUUAUUACCGUUAUGGAAUGAUAAAAUUUAUAAUAAUGACAAGUUCGUCAAAUUACAUGAGCCAAUGAUGUCUUCAGUAGAUGAAACUUUGUAUUUUCUUCAGCAAUAUCUCCAAAAGAAUUCUUGCGUUACAGAUAACAAACUACCAUUGUCAUUGGUAAAGUAUAUAUAUGAAAUGAUAGCAAAUUUAUCAGUUAAUUUAAUUAUACCAUUUAUGCAAAGAAAAAUUAGAUUUUGGGAUGAAACGAUAUUACAACCUAGAAAAUCUAUAUUUAGAAAUAAACUAUUUAAAAGUUUUAUGAAUAGAAAUUCAAAUGUUUCAUCAUCUACAGGGACAAGCUCUUCAGAAAUUUCAAAUUCAAUCAGUAAACAUCAUCAUUCAUUGCUAACGAAAGAUAGUAAUGGCCAUGAAUAUUUUUCUGCCUUAUCAACAGAAUUUCAAUUGAGAAAAUUAGCUGAUUGGUCCAUGAUGGUUUCUGAUUUCAAAACUGCUUAUACGACCUACGAAUCAUUAAGCCGUGAUUUAGAAAAUACUUCAAAAUAUAUGGCAUCAUGCUUAGAAUGGUGGGCAGUUUCAAUACUGAUGGGCGCGCAAAAUAUUGUAACCGCCAAAAUGUUAAAGAAUGACGUAGAUCCAUUAAUCGAAAGUGCUCUAGAAAGUUAUGAAAAACCAUUACCACCUGUUCCAAAUUCUCGACUCCCAUCUAAUAAUAUAAACUCAUUAAAUUCACGUUCAAGUAUAUCAUCUGCAACAAAAGCUGAAGUUUCACUUAUUGAAAAUAAUCAUACAAUACGAUCUUAUGAAAUUAGAUGUAUGCUUUUAUUGUCAGAAUUAUUUUUAUCAUUAAGCGAUACUUGGACUUCAACACCAUAUGCUCUAAGAUAUUUAGAAACAAUUUUAUCAGAUUAUAAACUAGGUCCUUGUUCCCAGACAAUUUUAUGGGAAAGAUUAAGUUUCUGUUAUGAUUUAAGAGUCGACCCAAGAAUAAAAAGAAAACCAACUAUAACAAAUAUAAAUAAAGGCACCAAGGCUACAGGGAGUGAGGCUUCUCAUUCUUCCAUUAAAGAAGUGAAUGAAAAAUACAGAAAUGACGGAAAACAAGAGAAAUAUUCUAUUGAUAGAAAAAAUAGUCUAAUCAUUGAUGUCAAUAGUAAUGAAGAAUACGAUUGUGGAUAUGAUAUAUUGUCCGAUGGUUUCACAAGGAAAAGAAAAGCUGCAUUUUUCAAAUUAAUUGCGGCAAAGAAAUGGUCAGAACAGAAACAAUGGAGACAAUUGGACUGGUGCUUAAAAGAUAUCGAAAAUGUUUACAAAGAAGUAGGAUUUUCUGACCGUAAAGAUUUAAUUCUAAUCAAGUUAAAAGAUCAAUUGAAUAAAUACUAUAUCAAAAAUAAUAUCAAGUGUACUAAAGAGGAUAGCAGAUCAAUUGAUAUGGAACUGGAUUCCAAAAUUACACAAGAUGUCCAAGCAUCUCCUGCCACAGCAACUGUAAAGACAUCAGUAGGGUCUACUGACACAUCUAAUACUAAUCUUAUAAAUGAUUCACAAGCUAAUUCCCUUCAGUCUUCCAAAAUUGAUCAUGAAAUUACCUUUCCAUGA